AUGAGUGCCUUCGACUACGAUGGUUACAACAAUGACUUUUUUGACUUUGACAACACCGAUUCCCUCUUGACCAGUUUAUCGGGACCCGCCUCAAAUGACUCCAACUCCAAUAACAUCCAGUCCCUCAGCCCGGACAGCAUGAGCGGCGACGACUGGGCCACAAAUAAGUGGUACGCUAACCAGCCGACCAACAACUUCUCCAGCAACAACUCUAGUCAUAACUCCACCAAUGACUACUCCAGCGACCCCAGUUAUAACAACACCAAUGCCAACAUAAUUGCCCAGACGGUCAACCCCAACCUUGGAGAGUUCGACAACUCAUACCAACAGACGCUUUUUGACGACUUCAACAACAACUACUCCGAUGCCAUGCACUCAUCGGGGUCAUCUCAGAAUGACUCUUCAGGAUUGACUCCCUUGAGUCAACAGUAUUCUUCAGCCCAAACAUCGCCCGAAAAUAUCGCCAAGGCCGAGAGCGAUGACGACUUCCCCAAGAAGGGUGCCAGGACCCAGGGUAAUGGUGAGCGCAAGACCAGUGGGGUCAAAAUAAAUGCAAAGUCCAAUGGCGGUCGCGUCAAAAGAGACAAGGCUUCCCACAACGUCAUUGAAAAAAAGUACAGAACCAAUAUCAACACCAAGAUCUUGAUGUUACGGGAUGCUGUGCCUUCGUUGAGAAUCGCUUCCGGUGUGCCUGGUGUCAGUGUAGCCGAUUUGGAAGGGUUGACUCCUGCUGCCAAAUUAAAUAAGGCCAGUGUGUUGACCAAGGCCACCGAGUACAUCCAGCACUUGGAGAAGAAAAACGAGAUGUUGAGGCAGCAGAAUCUGCAUUUACAGCGGUUGAUCCAGCAAGCAAACUUGAAUGCCAAUAGCUUGCAAGUUGCCCCUGUACCGAACCGGAUCCAACCAACAGCCCGACCACAACCCAUGUCCCAGAUGUCGUCUUCCAACGAGUACACUGACAACCUGGUUUACAACAACUCUCAAAACUAUUCAAUUCCUCCACAGGAGAACAAGCCCAACAAGUACUUUUUGGGCGGAAUGGCUGCUGUGAUGGGAACAUCCUUGCUCGGUGGGCCCGACUCUGAUUUCAGAGGCUUGUCGGCAAUUCCGUUCAUGCCUAUGUCUUUUGCUCAUCCUCCAGGAGCGGUGGCCCAAUUAUGGUAUUUGUCCAAAUUGUUGUUCUUCUUGGGCUGCCUUGCCAGUUGGGUGCUUCCGAACCUCUUUAGCUUGGACUUAUCGAGUGCUUCCAAAGAGAAGAAGGUGUCGGGAUCGUUGGUUAAGUCCUGGAUCUUGGUCAGCCUUGGCCUUCAGUUACCAUCAGUAAUAGACGAGGGCAAAAAGGCGUCGAUAAUACAAAAAUUAUUGGGUCAUGCUCAGUAUGAAUGGACGACGUUGAUCGGGGACUACAUUUAUUUGUCUUCGUGUGAAAGUACGUUUGAAACUUGUUUCUUAAACUUGUUGAUUGGCAGUUUGCUUCUUCAGAAGAUGCCUGCGUUGACCAAAGUAUUAGAGCUUGGAAUGAAUCUCAGGUUUUCGCUCUUGUUGAAUUUGGACUACAAGGGCACGGACAAGUCAUUGGUGGGGCUCAAUAAGCUUGUCAAGGAUUUGGAUGGGAUCUGCUUGUUCAAGAAUGAAUCUAUGAUCACCAGACUUAGUAACUUGAGAGACCAUUUGCCUAUUAACGCCGGCAUUGAAAGGGGUACCAGUUUGUUGAAGUUUGUGGAGGUUUACAAGCAAAACGGAGACAACUUGUACAAGUUGGUUUUGUCGUGGAGAGUAUUACAGAUUGUGGACGAAUUGAACACCUUGUACUUGGAGAAUUCAUUAAUUGAAGACGACGAGGAGCAAUUUUGCCAAAAUAACAAGCUCUUUAAGGAUGUGAAUUUGAUUGGUGAAUUAUUGGAAGCCGGAUCUACUGAUGUCGAAUUGAGCAGCUACUUGACGCUUUUCAAGGCAUCCUUGUUGCCCAAAGAGAAUACCCAGAAGUUGAUGACAUCCAUCAAGAGCAAGGUCAACGGAGCGUUGGACCAAUUCAAUUUGAGUUUGAAUGGACUUGAGUUGACUGACGAUGAGGAAAUCAGUGACGACGAAGAUGAAGAGAGCGAACGUCAAGGUUCUGAAACCAACCAACCCACCGAGGUCAAUAGGUUCAAAGACCAGACAAAGCUUAUUAAUAGCUUAGGUGUGGUAAGUGAAGAAGAGUUGAUAAUAUUGACGUGUGGGCUUAUUCAGACCUACUACAGUCACGGCAAAAGGGCUGAAGCAGCGCAAUUCUUGAAGCACUUGAAGUUUAAAUCUGAUAAGGUUCCGCUUUCAGUGUUAGCAUUUACGUCCAUAUACCAGGUAGUUUCAUUGCUUGUAAAGGAGGAGACAAUUUCACAAGAGCCAGAUAAUGGCGUGAUUUUGGAUCAGGCAGUGAGAGUAGCCAGAUUAUGGUUGAAUGAUAACGACGUAAUGACUAAGGAAUUAAGGGCUAAGAUAGCAGAUGUGAUUGUGGCCAAGGGUAAGCUUCUCAAUGGGUGUGAUGACCAAGUCAGUGAUCAAUAG